AGAGCUGUCGUUGUGGUCGCAUCGUAGCGAUGCCGCGCAAGAUCAACUUCAGCGUGGUCCAAGUUAGCGCCGAGGACGAAAACUUCCCCGCCUCUGAACUGAACCUGCACGGACCGACCGUCAAGGGAUGGCUCUCCAAAAAAUAUUCAACGUACCCACAAGAGAUUGUUAUACAGCUGGAGACGAAAUGCCGCAUUUGUCGCAUCCAGAUUCUUUCCCAUCAGUACUGCAUAGCCACCACAAUCGACAUCUACGUGGGCAACGUCCCCAAAGGUCUCGACGUGGCUCUCUACAACGCCCGGUGGACUCAUUUAGGCGAAGUCUCCCUGGCGGACAACUUGCACUCAGAAUACAAGUCACGGGAGCUGAAGUCCGUGCUGGUGGACGCCAUUGGAGACUUUGUCAAGUUUUUGAUCCACGCGAACCACGUGAACAAGUACAACGUCUACAACCAGGUCGGAAUUGUUGCGUUAAACGUCAUCGGGGACGACGUGCAAGGACUAGACGGUUCUGAAGAAGAUGAAAAAACCACGUGGCAAACCAUCAUCAAGAGGAACGAGGAGAUCUCGCCCAUGGACGACCUCGCCUUCGACAUGUACGUGGACACCGAGGUGGCGCAGAUACUGCGAAAGCUUGAGGCCAAGAAAAGGGACGCCAUUGCCGAAGAAAGGUUCGUGUUUGCGAAGAAACUGAAAAACGCAGUCGUGGAGCUUCAAAAGGUGGGCGAGAAGCUGGGCAAGAUGGUGAUCGAGAAGCAGAUGGCCGUCGAGAUGGAGGACUUUGACCGGGCGCGCCAGAAGAAGCAGCACAUCGAGGAGUACCGCCUGAACGCCUACGAGCACCUGCGGCUGCCCGAGCUCAUGGAGAUGGAAGGGUACAACCCCGAGCGGGACUCGGCACUUCCAGGGCCUGUGCCCCCUCCUGAGAAAGUGGGCAAAGGCCUGCAUGUGAGCAUGGACCCGCAGCUGGAAGGGUCAGGGCCGGGUCGCAACGUGGGGCCCACCGAACAGCGCGUGGUGUCUCAGCAGCAGCAACAGCAGCAACAACAACAGUCGGCGCCCCGACCGACUGCUACCAAGGCUCCCAAGAACUCGUACCUUGCACUCGAGAACCGGCUUGUGGCUGGAGCGCGCAAAGUGGAAAGCGAAGAAGACGGCAAAGAGUUGGUCUUGGGUCGGAUGUCACUGAGGGACCGUCAAGAGGCAGCUCUUCCUAUUGAAGUCUUUGGACUACGGCUGGUGCAGAAGCUGUACUCCAAGAACUUCAUUCAGCGAGAGGAGGCCUUCAAGGAGAUGCAGCGAUUCCUGGAGCGGUACAACUCGCGCCGCAGCCGCCACUCGGCCGAGGACGUGCUCAAAGCCGUGACUUUUCUGCUUCAGAGAGGGGCCCGGGACAAGGUGCUCUCGGUGUUUAUACAGGCCUUGAAUUUGAUGCAGACAUUGUUCACGCGGUUCACAAUUGUCCAGCGAAUAUCGAAAGGAGACGUGACCGUUGCUAUAAACAAGACUGUACCGCGGAUUCUCUACCGCACAGGUGACACCGCCCCCAGAGUGAAAUCUGUAGCCAUCGACUUUCUUCUUGAAAUGGGCGACUACGAGGAUGUUAAGGCUGUUCAAGCGAUGCUCCACAUCAUCCUCCGACCUUUUCCCGAGUCAACAAAUCCAAGGCUUGCCCAGGGUCGCUGCGAGCUUGUGGAGCAGCUUGUCGCCAGGUUUCCGCCCUUGAGCCAAAGUGAUCCACUGUUCGAGCAUAUGAUGGCGUUUGCCAUCCGAGCCCUGUCUCACCCGUCACUACAAGUGCGCGAGGUGGCCGAGCAGAUUCUCCUGUCACUCUACCGGCUGCUGGGUACGCCCGUGCGCCAGUGCCUCGUUCCCGAGUCCACAAAGACCUCUAGGAACUUCACAUACAAGAAGGUCUUCGAAGAGUUCGAGAAGAUUGACAAGGAGGCGGCAACGCAGGGCAGGAGCAGUGGAUCGUAUCCCCUACUACAAUGCACUUCAUUGCAUUGUGUUCAGCCCGGGAGCGCCCAGCGACCGCCACGGCGGCAGCGGUCAGCGUCGGCCGACAGCCCCAGUUCGGGCUCCGGCCGCCGGGACUUCGUGAAGGAAGUUGCCGCGCCGUCCAGCCGGUCACUCCAGGAGCUGCCCAAGGCGUCGCAGCAGGAUCAAUCGACACUCAACUUGGACAAGAUGUGCAUGUUCUGUGAAGAAACCAACGAGAAGUUCAACGCGGAGACUCUCAACUACCACUACUGGACGGAGUGUCCCAUGCUUAUGCUCUGCUACAAUUGCAAGCAGGUCGUGGAAAUCUCUGGACUCACGAGGCACCUCCUUGAAGAGUGUGUCUCUCGCAGUCAAUACAGGCUCUGCAUCCGCUGCAAGGAAGCGAUCGCCAAGACCCGCUUCGAAGGACACGUCAAGCUGAAAACAUGCGUCCUGGCCAAGCCUCCCCAUCAGGCCAAUCAUUGUCCACUCUGCCACCAGAACUUCGCACCAGGUGACGACGCCUGGAAAGUGCACCUUAUGAGCGAAGUGGGCUGUGCGUUCAACCCGAGGAGGAGGAACAAGUUCUUCCGGUGGCGUUCCGGUUCGGUUUGGGAGCCCGAGUACAGUGUGACAGUGCCGGACAGCAUGGCAGGGAAGCUGAAGAUCCUGGGUGCGCUGCCGCCCGAGUACCGCCAGUACACGUUGCACCACUCGCGUAGCAAGUCGGAGCCAGCGCCGUCCAAACGUAGCUCUGGCACACAGACCAACGACGAAGACGACGAGCCCAAGGCCCAGUGACGGAAGCCGCGGCGUUAAUUAUGCAGGACAGCUGCGCUUCCGGACGGCUCAUGGGACCAAUCCUUAUAUUUGUAGGAUAGAUAUCUCCAACGGGUGGACCAAUUGCGUUCUUUGCAGUAUUAGCAAGUGAAGCCGUGUGUUGGCUUCACUUGCUAUAAGUUAUAAGAAGCCUCGUAACGACGGAAAUCAGGUUAACGGUAGGAUAUCGGGCCUGGUGGAUGUCCCUUCGCGACGUUUACUCACUGUAGUUGGAAGGAAAAAAAAAAAACGAGAAGCGAAGGUGAUGGUGCAGGGCGUUCGUUCUUUUAUGGCGACAUUAAAACGCGUAGGCACCUUCAACACACCAUCUCUCGCGGCUCGUGCGCAAAGAACAUUUUCAGUCUCGCGGCUGGAUUAGCCAGGCCAGUACCAAAGAACAACGAAGAGCUGACAUAACCCGUUAUAUUCAUCGCCAUGCUAACGACCAAGCGUCCGCAGCAGUCGGUUUUUCUACUUGAUCAACAAACAUUGCCUUACCGACAGCAAUUUUCAUCUCGCACGUUUUCCCCCUUAUGCACCCCUCCUAUUUUGCUUCCAAAGCCAGUAGCAGCGAUUACCACACGAUGCUUCUUAACACAGAGAGUUGGCGCAACUUUGUUACGCCUGCUGCUGUGAACGCUGUACACCGCCUUUUGCAAUCGUUCACCUUGCCCGUUCGACUACUGCAGUAGAAAUCAACGUAGAUCUCAUAAGAUGAUCUAACUGCCUUGAAGAAUAUCGAAGGAAGCAUUUUUGCGACGGCGAGAAGCUAAGUAUAUAUUGUUCGGUCAUGUGGUAACGAGUCGUGGUCAUCUUAUCGCGCACAAUACUGUAAAUGAGCGUCUGAUAAAAGACGUUCCUGAUGUCCCACU